AUGCAAACUCAAACACGAACAAUCGAAUCGAAAUUUUUUGCAGCAUUAUCAAAACGGUUUGAUGAAGGUGUUGGAUCGUUUUUGGAGAGUUUUGAAUCUGUUGCUCAAAAACAUGAUCAUCGUCGACAAAAAAUAAAAAAAGAUGAAGAAACAGAAAGUCAAAAACCGGCACCCGAAUAUCGUAUUGCAUUUAGUGAAAAACCUAUUGCAUUAACAGAAGAUGAAUACGAAUUAUUAUACAUCGAAGUACUUUAUACAAUUAAACAUAAAAUUGGAAUAACAACGUCUAAACAUAUUGGAGGUGAAAAUGAUUUAUAUAUGUAUGCACAAGAAGCAUUUGGCAUCACGAAUACAGAGCAUAAUCGAUUGUUAGCAAAAGCAAGUGAAGAAAAGGCACCUAUUCUCAUUUUGAACAUUGAAAUUGUUGAAGCAAAAGAGUUAGAAGCAAAAGAUGCCAAUGGAUUUUCUGAUCCUUAUUGUAUGUUGGGUAUCGUCCCAGAGGAAAGAAAAUUUGUACAAAAUGGAGGCGGAUCAUCAGAUGAAGAGGGUGGUUCAACGACAACGGAUGGAACUGCUGAACGAAAACCCGGUUUUAUGAAACGUUUAAAAAGUUUUCGUAAAUCAACUACAAGAAGACGAGAGGGACGAGAAAAAGGUGUUCCACCUGUAGCAGGUGCUCUUCGAGAUAAAUUACCGGCAAAAUAUAUUCAAACAACAGACGUUAAAAAAGCUACGCUCAAUCCGAUAUGGAUGGAAAAAUUUCGAUUUAAUAUUGCAAGUGGAAAAACAGAAACAUUUCAUUUGGACAUUUGGGAUCAUGACGAUGAAUUUAGCGUAUUUGAAGCAGCACGCAAACUUAAUCAAGUACACGGAUUUAAAGGUUUAAAUCGAUAUUUUAAACAAAUUGCUCAAUCAGCACGAACAAACCGAGCAGAUGGUUCUACCGUUGAUGAUUUUCUAGGUUCAGUUAAUCUUAAAUUAAAUGAAAUUCCCUCCGUAGGCAUUGAUCGUUGGUUUCAACUAGAAGGUAGAAGUGAGAAUUCAAAAGUGAGAGGACAAAUACAUUUACGUGCAAAUUUGGCAACACGAGAAGAUAGAGGAAUACCAGAAGAAGAUAAUUGGACAGAUAUUAAACAACAUGUUGAACUAUUACAAAUAUUUAUUGACCAUGAAAUAAUCAAAUUCAAGGGUAAACCAAUGGACUGGAAUGGUGAAUUAAGUCGUAAUGCUGAAACAAUUCUUCAUCAACAUGCCAUUCAAGGUGACAUAACCAUGAUACAAACACACAUGUGUCGUUGGAUUGCAUAUUCUAAAAAACAUCUUGAACGUACGCUAACAUAUAAACUAUUAUUAACAAUUAUUGAACAAUUGGAAAAUGUUUGGCAACCAACAUCAUUGAGUAGAGAUGAAAUUGAUAUGUUAAGAGAAGCAUUUACAUUGUUUAUUAAUCAUUGUUUUAAACAGUUGGCUAGACAUCGAGAAUUAUUUCCUGCAGCAAAUAAAAUAGCUGUUGAAAAAUUGGAACAAUUAUUAACAAUUAUAUCAAAAUUAUAUAAUAUGGAAGUAUUUCGUUACUGUUGUCCAUUUCAAAAUAGUCUUCAACAUGAAGUUUCAACAAUUAUCAAAUCCGAUGAAGACACACUUCAUUGUGCCAGUGAAUUGUGUUAUGUAGUUAUUGCUGAUGCUCAUGCAGCCGUAAAAUAUUACAAUCCAAUAUUUGAAACAACAGUUAAAUUAGCCUAUUAUCAUAUUGCUUUUAAAAAAAUUGAUGCCAAGUUAAUGGAUAUCAUUUUAAAAGCAUUAGAAGAAGAGCUUGGAGAACAAAUUCAUCGACCAUCUGAACAAUUGAUUACUGAGCCUGAUUCGGCUGAUGUAAUUCAAUUUGCUGCAGCAGCUGAACAAACUGGGUUAUCAUUGUUUGAACUUUAUCUCAGUUUACAUGAAUUGGUUAAAUAUAAAAUUUAUGUUAAUGAAACUGAUCGUCCAAAUUUGAAAACGUCUCAUUAUUAUGUGUAUUUUGGUGCUGCCAUGAGAAAAUGGUUGUCAAUUGCCCGAAAUAAAGUGAUAUAUCGAAUUGAAAAAUCUGUUGAAUUAGAUAAACCCGAAUCAAUAACACAAUUUACGAAAUUUACAUCAUCGUCUCUUGAUGUUUCAAACUGUUGUAGUCAAAUAGCACAAUUUUGGAGACGUUUAGCAUGGCCAGACAUCGUUGGUAGUAUUCCAUAUUUAAUAAAAAUUACCGAAGAUAUGGGUCAAGCAACAGUUUUAUAUGCUAAUUUGGUUGAAGGAAAACUUCAAGCAAGAGGAUAUUAUGAAGCAGUAUCAAUUUUUCUUUAUACUCAAGAUUUAUCUGUGACUAUCAACAAUAUCGAACGUGUUCGCGAAUCAUUUAAAACUUUACCAAUUGAGUUGAGUUAUGAUAAAUUAUUAGUGGCAGCUGAAAAAUAUCACAAUAUUAAUGUUGUUGAAGAAAAUAGACGAAAAAUUGAAACAAUUGUUGCUACAUGUAGUCAAGAAAUAGCAGAAAAAAUUUAUAAAUUAUUACAUAAAGUCGUUCAAAUAAUGGAAAAUGAAUUGAAACAACAUGUAUUCCAUAUGAUUGAAGCACCCGAAGCUGUUCAAGCUCAAGAAACAAUGGCACCAUUAAUACAAUAUUUAGAUAAUAAUUUACUUGCAUUUAAAGAUUAUAUGAUCAGACAUAAUUUUACAAGGCUGUUAGAAAUCGUAUGGACUGUCAUAUUGGAACAAAUACUAGUUGAUGUACAAACAGCAUCAUCCAGACCUAUCUCUUGUUAUCAACGACUACUCAAAUCAUUAGAUACAUCAUUAAUCGAUUUUUUUCAUGCUGACGAUCAAGGUUUACCCAAAGAUAAUUUAAAAAAUGACAAAUAUAAGCUUGUCAAACGAUUAGUUAAAUAUCAGUCCACUGAUACGUGUACAUUAAUUAAAAUGUAUUAUCAAGACAAAUUACAAGAACAAGAACGAACGACAACAAAUGACUUAGGCAAAAUAUAUUGUCGAGCAUAUUACCAUACGAAAGAAGAAACACUUUGUAUUGAAGUUAUUAGUUGUAAAAAUUUGAAACCGUGUGAUUCAAAUGGAUUAAGCGAUCCAUUUGUCGAAAUUCAAUUAUGUCCAUAUUAUAUGUUUAGUAAUUUUAGUAAACAAUCAACAACAAUCAUAAAAAAAACACUUAAUCCAGUUUUUAAUGAAAAAAUUGAAUUUCGAAUAUCAAAAAAAGAAUGUACGGCACAAGGUGCAGUUAUUCAAUUUAUUAUCAUGGAUCACGAUCUUAUGUGGAGUAAUGAUUUUGAAGGCGAGGCAUUUAUGGAAAUAGCUAAUUUACCAGGUGUAAAAAGUGAACUUGGUGAUAGAGGAUUUGAAGAUUUAAAAGAAAUUGAGAUUCCACUGACACAUCCAAAAGUUAUGAGAAGUCGAAUCAUUGAAAUACUCGAAUUACGUACAUCAGACAAAAUUGCAAUGGAUUUUGUUCGAAAAAGACGAGAAGCUGAAAAUUUAUGA